AUAAAUGACGUCAUGUCGGUAAUAAAAAAAAGAUACGAGAAACCUAAGGGAGCGUCUUCAACAAUUCAACUGGAAUCGAUUGUCUUCAUCAACAUUCAGUAAUGUCAGCCGGCAACGACAACGGAGAUCGUCUCACCCAGUUCAAAAACAAAGGGAAAGAUGUCAACGAGCUCAGACGAAGAAGAGCUGAAGUCAAUGUGGAGCUACGAAAAGCAAAGAAGGAUGAUCAGAUCCUGAAGAGGAGAAACGUCCAGAGCCUCCUGGAUGAGCCGACCUCUCCUUUCCAUGAGAACGACCCCAACGCACAGCCUCCUCAGUACUGGUCUUUGGAGGAGAUUGUAGGAGGAGUAAACAGCGAGAGUCUAGAAGAUCAGCUGCAGGCCACGCAGGUAGCCAGGAGAGUCCUCUCCAGAGAAAAGGAUCCACCUAUUGACAGCUUCAUUGCUGCCAGCCUCAUCCCGAGGUUUGUUCGUUUUCUGGCUCUAUCUGAAUGCCCCCCCAUCCAAUUUGAGGCAGCUUGGGCCCUGACCAACAUCGCCUCAGGUACCACAGACCAGACUACUGCCGUAGUGGACGGUGGGGCCAUCCCGGCCUUCAUCAGUCUGGUGGCAUCCCCCCACCCCCACAUCAGCGAGCAGGCCAUUUGGGCCCUGGGUAACAUCGCAGGUGAUGGAUCCAACUACAGAGACCUAGUGUUAAAACACGGUGUUCUCCAUCCACUCCUCGCCUUGAUGGCAUCCCCUAACCUGUCUGUGUUUCCCCCGGGCUACCUGCGCAAUGUAACCUGGACACUGUCCAACCUGUGUCGCAACAAGAACCCGGCCCCUCCCUUGAUGGCAGUGCAACAGCUGCUCCCAGCCCUGGUGCGCCUCCUGCACCUCGACGACAGGGAGAUUCUGGCCGACACCUGUUGGGCCGUGUCCUACCUCACCGACGGCUCCAAUGAGAGGAUAGAGGUGGUGGUGCAGGCCGGCCUGGUGCCCCGCCUGGUCCAGCUGCUAUCCUUGGGGGAGCUCUCCAUUGUGCCUCCUGUCCUGCGGUCACUUGGCAACAUUGUGACCGGGACAGACGAGCAGACACAGUGUGUACUGGAUGCAGGCGCUCUGGCGAUGUUCCCCAGCCUGCUGUGUCACCCGAAGCCCAACAUCCAGAAGGAAGCAGCUUGGACAGUGUCCAAUAUCACUGCUGGCAAAGACACCCAGAUCCAGGAGGUUGUCAAUGCUGGUCUGGUACCCAUGCUGGUGGAGAUCCUCCAAAAGGGAGACUACAAGACUCAGAAGGAGGCCGUGUGGGCUGUCACCAAUUACAUCAGCGGUGGAACGAUGGAGCAAGUGUCCUUCCUGGUCCGGUGCAAUGUGCUGGAGCCUCUGCUCAACCUGCUGACAGCCAAAGACGGCAAAAUCAUCGUGGUCAUCCUGGGUGCAAUCUACAAUAUGUUACAGAUGGCACAAAAAACUGGUGAGAUUGAAAAACUCUGCCUAAUGAUUGAGGAGUUGGGCGGUUUGGACAAGAUUGAGGCACUUCAGUCCCAUAACAACGAAGCUGUCUACAAGUCCUCUCUUAAAAUCAUAGACCAGUUCUUCUCUGAAGAGAAUGAAGAUGAUGAGUCUGUGGUUCCUGUAGCUGCUGAAUCAGGCUAUACCUUCCAGAUCCCCGAGGACCAAAGCACUUUCCAGUUUUAACAUUCCCAGUUGUCUCUUUGUACCUUGUUGAUAUUUUUUGUAAAUUGUUUUUAGACAUUUCAUCCUUGUAUGUGACAGUACAAAGACUAAAUCACCCUGUUUCAAAGAAAUAUUUGUAAAUAGAUGUUACUCAUGCACAAGUUACUUUUCUUUAUGGAUGUUUCAGAAAUAAACAGCCUAUGCACAGGG